UUAUAGAGAAGAGUUACACAUUAGUCAAUACUCGUUCGUCAUCGUCCGAACUCCAAAGAAUGCGAGCAUCCGCUGACGGUCUUCAGCGGCAUUUCUUAAGCGAGAGAGUUCACCUUUGUUACUCAGGACAGCUCUGUUAUCGCUGGUCGCUACCUCCGGAGUCGAUUUUCCAAGCUUUGAACGCAUGAUUCUCCCUCUUGGCUGGUCAUCUUGCUCGUGUACUUUCCCUGGGGUUUUGAUUUUUGCUGCGACGAGAUAGGGCUUCAAUAUAUUAACCAGGUAGAAAGUCUAUGCCACUGUAUCUGACUGUCAAUUAGUUGCAAUUUGGUUAUUGCUGUCCCAAACUGAAAUUUUCUUGAUAUAUGAAUAGUUUCAAAUAUAGACCUUGUAAGUCCAUGGAAGGUAAUCAAGGUAUCGACCCAGCCAGUACUGGUACUGAUACUGGUAUGCAACUAAUCGGUUCCGCAAUUUUUUCCUCUCCUGGAGCAACUCUGAGGCCACAAAACCGAUUCAAUGCUCCCAGCCCCAAUUUCAAUGCCUCUCAAAUGGGCGCGUCUGCGCUUCUGAUGCAACAAAAUUUUAGUCCUGAGAAUCUGAAACCCGGCAUACCUCCAUCCCACCCAAAUAUCCCAUCUUCGUCACACUAUCCCCCAAUUUCAGAGUUCCAAUCGGCUUCCCAGCAAUUGCGUUCUCCGAAUAUGAGACCUCGUUCUUCCCAUUCAAGGUCUUUGUCCCAACACUCAUUUUUUUCCCCGGAUUGCUUGCCUCCAUUGAGUCCUUCACUUUAUUGUGAGCCCUCGGCGACCCCUCUUUCUAACUCGAUUUCCCCAGACGUGUCCAUGGAAGAAAGUGUGGUUAACUCUCAUGGCCCUGGCAUUUCUAUGCCCGUCAAUAGGGAUCAUGCCUUUCAAGCUGGUCCUAGUGUUCUUCCUCGUAAAGGGCACAGGCGCUCCAGCAGUGAUACUCCAUUAGGAAUCUCUGGCUUCGCUCAAUCUUCUCCUCAGCUGGUUGUCUCUCCUACUUGGAUGAAUCUGGAGAAUUCAAUUUCUAGAGGAGAAAACUCAGGAUUGGAGAAGCCAAUUCAAUUGGUAAAAAAGGAGCUAAAAAAGGAUGAGGGUCAUGUUGAUAGUUACAAUGCAAAACCUAUGGUUGAGAGGAAAGAGGAUGUGAUGGAUGAUUUAAUUAGCGUGUAUAUGAAUUUGGACAAUAUUGAUAAUGUGAACUUAUCUGGUGCGGAAGAAUCAAAGACUUUUGAAAGCAGUGAUAAUGAAGUUGAGAGUCUUGUAAGUGGAAAAACUACCUCCACACAAGGGGCAACUUCGAGCUUUGUGGAGGAAAGGAGGGAAGGAAUCAAGAGGAGUUCUAAUGGGGACAUUGCACCAGGCUCCCGUCAUCGGAGAAGUUUUUCCUUGGAUAGUUCUAUAGGAAAUUUGCAUAUUGGAGAUGAUUCACCAAAGCUUCCUCCUUUGGGGAAUGGAGUUUGUCAGCGCUCACCUAGCAAUUCAGCAGAUGGUAAAACAUUUGAGAUCAACAUGGAGUUGAGAAAUGGUGAAUUCACUGAACUGGAGCUAAAAAAAAUAAUGGAAAGUGAUAAACUUGCUGAGAUUGCUUCGUCAGAUCCCAAACGUGCAAAAAGAAUAUUAGCUAAUCGUCAAUCGGCUGCUCGAUCCAAGGAGCGAAAGGUGCAGUACAUUGCUGAACUAGAGCACAAGGUGCAAACUCUUCAGUCAGAGACAACCACAAUGUCUACUCAAUUUACCACACUACAGAGGGAUAACUCACAUCUUAAAAGUGAGAACAGUGAGUUGAAAUUCAGGCUUCAAGCCAUGGAACAGCAGUCCCAACUGAAGGAUGCUCUGAAUGAGACCUUGACUGCUGAAGUCCAGCGUUUGAGGCUUGCAGUCACAGAACUUGGUGGCGAGCCUAUUCUCUCGGGCUGCAUAGCAGCUCGCCAACAUGCUAUUAAUCAACAAAGGUUCCAAUUGCAGCAUGAGCAGCCUGGCCAGCUUAAACGAUCGCAAAUGCAACAUCAGCCUCAGGAGGAGACCCAGCCUCAGUCGCACCAGAUUCAACAUAAUGAAUUGAAUCUCCAGCCUCAAAAUGACAAAGCUACUGCCUUCUGAGCUUGCACCGAAUCAUAGAUAGUCGCUCUCCAGUCAAGCUACAUUUAAUUCCUUUAGGCGAUGGGUGGCAUUAACUUACUUUUAUAUUUUUAAUAGUCUAUACAUCAGCUCUAUUUAAUUUAUUAAUUUGUAGGUUUCACCCAUUAUAAAAUAUAUGCUCGGAACAGUUUCUUGUUAUUGUAGUGGUCGUGUUUUGACUGCAUUUUCGCCCUUGCUAAUGAAAACAAUCUUAUAUUUCACAGUAUUAA